CCAAACCUUCGUUUCUUUCUUCUCCACACUCACUCAUCACUCACCAGGUUCACUGUCUCCUCUUUUCCCCAUUCUAUUCUAUCUACGCUCUUUAGCUUUUCACUGAUCUCUCGCACAAAGCUACUACUAACCAUGAAUAGCCUUAUCCGAUCCACUCUCAGAACUAAGACUGCAUCAGCUUUAGCAUGUGCAGCGGUUUCCAAAGGUUUUCAGGAAAAUCUACUCCAGGCUCCCUUAUGGUCUAGGUCAAGUAGUACAGAGUCGUCUUUGGCAAAGGAUAACUCAACUGAUGAUGUGAACCCUGAUCAAAGGUUCAAGGGCCAUGAUAUGCUUGCCCCUUUCACAGCUGGCUGGCAGACUACUGAUUUGGAUCCGUUGAUUAUAGAUAAGUCCGAGGGAAGCUAUGUAUAUGACAUUACUGGGAAGAAAUAUCUUGACCCACUUGCUGGUCUAUGGUGCACUGCUUUAGGGGGGAAUGAGCAACGCCUUAUUGAUGCUGCCACUGCACAAUUAAAGAAGUUGCCAUUUUACCAUUCUUUUUGGAAUCGAACCACAAAACCUUCAUUGGAUCUAGCCAAGGAGCUCCUACAAUUUUUUACAGCCAGAAAAAUGGCUAAAGCCUUUUUUGUUAAUAGUGGAUCAGAAGCCAACGACACUCAGGUAAAAAUUGUAUGGUAUUAUAACAAUGCACUUGGAAGACCAAAUAAAAAGAAAUUCAUAGCUCGUGCUAAAUCGUAUCAUGGUUCAACGUUGAUAGCAGCCAGUCUUUCCGGUCUUCCAGCUUUGCAUCAAAAUUUUGAUUUGCCAGCUCCUUUUGUCUUGCAUACUGAUUGUCCACACUACUGGCGGUAUCAUCUUCCAGGUGAGACAGAGGAAGAGUUUUCAACCAGAUUGGCCAACAACUUGGAGGAGCUAAUUCUGAAAGAGGGACCGGAUACAAUUGCUGCAUUUAUUGCAGAACCAGUAAUGGGGGCUGGAGGUGUAAUACUUCCACCAUCAACUUAUUUUGAGAAGAUCCAAGCUGUUGUGAAAAAGUAUGACAUUCUUUUUAUUGCGGAUGAGGUGAUCUGUGCCUUUGGCAGGCUUGGGACAAUGUUUGGAUGUGAUAAGUAUAACAUUAAGCCAGACCUUGUUUCCUUGGCAAAGGCACUUUCUUCUGCAUAUAUGCCUAUUGGAGCUGUCCUUGUGAGCCCAGAAAUUUCAGAAGUUAUACAUUCGCAAAGCAACAAACUUGGCUCAUUUUCUCAUGGGUUCACUUAUUCUGGAUCACCCGUACCCUGUGCCGUUGCAAUUGAAACACUCAAAAUCUACAAGGAAACAAAUAUUGUUGAGAAAGUGAACAAGAUAUCUCCAAGGUUCCAAGAUGGCUUAAAAGCUUUUUCUGACAGUCCCAUCAUCGGAGAGAUACGGGGAACUGGCUUGAUCCUGGGGACUGAGUUCACAGACAACAAAUCGCCUAAUGAUCCAUUUCCUCCUGAAUGGGGAGUAGGUGCCUAUUUCGGAGCACAAUGUCAGAAGCAUGGGAUGUUAGUUCGUGUAGCUGGAGAUAGUAUCAUGAUGUCUCCACCAUAUAUUAUAACACCUGAAGAAGUUGACGAGUUAAUAAGCAUUUAUGGGAAAGCUUUAAGAGAGACGGAAAAGAAAGUAGAGGAGCUGAAGUCUCAACGCAAGUAGCUCAAGCCCAUGACGAUGGCAUAAUAAAAUCUGUUUUGUAAUAUCCUAGACAAAUUACUCUUAAUAGAACUUUGUUCCAACCUUUUAGUUAUUGUAAAUAUUAGUUUGUGUGUGAUUUGGAUCCCUGUUAAAGUAAACUGUGCAGAAGUGCAAUUCCAAAUUUAAGGACGAAAGUUUAUAUAAUUUGAACUGAAA